UCUGCAUUGCAUAUUUGCAUGGACAAUGGUGGUCGCACUGCUGCUGUGGUUGGGAGCGCCCGCGCAUUGCAUCCUGCAUGCAAUGCGCGCGUGCCUUCCAACGGCCUUGAAUCGGUCGGUUAUCCAUGGGCCGCCGCCGCCUCUCCUUGCCGGAGACGGCGGCUGGCGGUGCCAUUCCGGACCCAUUUCCUCCUGAUCUACAGUGGCCCUUUGGUCGCCUCGAAUUUCUUACUCGUGACGAGGUCCGCAGCUCCGCCUACGAGAUUUUCUUCAUCGCCUGCCGCUCCACCUCUGCCGGGGGACGCCUCGCAUUCGCCACUGGGGAUAACCAUGAGGGAGCCAAGACGGUGGCGGGGGCAAAGAACAUGGUGGUGGUGAGCCGCCUGAAGCAGUCGCUUGGCCUGCGCUCCAGGAAGACGAGGUCCAUGGUGGGAGCCAAGCCAAUGACGUCGGCGGAGAUCAUGCGGCGGCAGAUGGGGGCCGCCGAGCAGACGGACGGCCGUCUCCGCAAGACACUCGCCCGCUGCCUCGUCGGCCCCCAGAUGCCCAAGAAGGUGGAAUCACUUGUGCUUCCCAUGGAGCUCCUUCGACGCAUCAAGACCUCCGAGUUUGCUGACGCAGACGAGUACCGCUUGUGGCAGCUCCGCCAGCUCAAGCUUCUGGAGGCAGGCCUCGUCUCACACCCGUUUGCGCCGGUCGACCGCAGCCCUGCGGCGUCCUCUCUCAGCGAGAUGGCCAGGUCCACCGAGCUGCAGAUCGAUGUGCGCGCCCUCUCUGCCACCGUCAUGGCUCUGGCCUGGCGCUCCGUCGAGGUUUGUCAUUGGGCCGACGGCUACCCCCUAAAUGUGCACCUCUACCUGUCCCUCCUCCGUGCCAUCUUCGACCUCAGGGACCAGACGGUUGUGCUGGACGAAGUUGACGAGCUGCUGGAGCUGAUCAAGAAGACGUGGAACGUGCUGGGGCUCAACAGGAUGAUCCACAAUGUUUGCUUCACCUGGGUCCUCUUCGAGAGGUACGUCACUACUGGAGAGAUCGAACAGGACCUGCUGUCGGCUACCUUGGUGAUGCUCCGGCAUGUCUCUGAAGACGCUAUGAAAGCAGAGAGGGAGCUAGGAUAUAGCAGAGCCUUGUCUGCCAUAGCCUCGAUGUACGCGUGGGCAGAAAACAAACUGAUGGAUUAUCACGGGGGGUUUGACAAGAACGCGACGAAGAAUGUUGUGACACUCGCGGUCUUGGCAGCAGAGAUGCUGAGCCAACACGUUCCAGCUGCUGCCGCUGCUGCAGGAUCAUCUUUUGCUGCUGCUGAUCUAAUUGAGCGAUGUAUCGAAUCAUCGGCAAGGCGCGCUUUCACCAAGUUGGACGAGAGUGGCGAUGCUGGGGGUAACAGCAUGAUGGUGGAAGUGGAGGAUGAUCCUAGCGAGACCCUGAUGUAUGUGGCUGCACAGACCAAGGAGAUGGCGAGGGUGGAGAAAGACGUCUACGCACCCAUACUUGGACAGUGGCAUCCUUGCCCGGCCACCAUUGCCGCCAUCACUCUCCACGCCUGCUUCGAUACUUAUUUCAAGCGGUAUGUGUCCAAGAUGGCCGGCUGCCUCAGCAGUGAGUCUAUGCGUGCCCUGCAGACGGUCUCCGAGCUAGACAAGUACUUGGUUCAGAUGGCACAUGAUGAUGAUGGCCAUGGCGGCAAGCAGCUGAUCCCUUACGAUGUCAACUCCAUUGUUAUUGGCCUCGUCACCGAGUGGAUGGAUGAUCGGCUACGGAUUGGGGCAGAGUGUGUUAGGAGAGCAAGAGACUCGGAGGCUUGGAAUCCUGGUUCCAAGAACGAGCCUUACGCGCAGUCUGCUGUGGAUCUGAUGAAACUAGCCAAGGGGACGGUGGAUGGGCUCAUUGAGAUUCAUCAACGAUGGCCAAUGUCGGAGCCGCUUCAGCAUCUCGCCGACGGCAUCGAUCGGCUUGUGCACCAGUACGCGUCGUUCCUCGCUACCUCGUGCGGUGCAGGGACCAAGGAGGGUUACAUGCCCUCGUUGCCGCCCUUGACACGGUGCAGCCAGGACAAGAGGCUCCUGCACCAGCUGCUGCUCAACCUCAACUGUGGUGUCGGUGGCAGCAAUGGCGAAGCUGCUGCUGCUGCUGUUACCACGCCGGCGAGGGCCAUGACACGGGUGCGUCCGACCACAAGCGGCGCCACGCAGCGCCUCUACGUCCGUCUCAACACCCUCCACUACAUGCUCGGUGUCCUGCACUCCAUCGACAGGUCCCUCGCCCAACAUGGGAAGCAGAGGCACAUCAUCGGCCACCGCCGUGUUCGGAGCUCCUCCUUUGAUCGCGCCUACCCUGCAGUCGAGUCCGCUGUUGUCCACGUGACGGAGCUCUAUAAACAUAAGGCUCGAGCAGAGCCCGGUUUUAAAUUAAUAAAGCCCCAACGGCAGCAUUCAUACAUCAUCCAUACACGAACCAGACGCGACACGACAAGAUGGAGGGAUGCUCCACACAACCACCAGCACAGGUUACAAGACCUGGACCGCACAAGAUACAAGGUAAGCGACCAAGAUCACCAGAUGGAGAGGCGACGCCCCAACGCCAAAGCCUGCCACCUAGAUACACCAGACGCCACCAGACUCCACUUGGCCCCAGAGGGGAGCACAAUGAACCUCCACCGCAUGCCGGUCUCCUCUCCUAGCCAGAAGCUUCCACGCCUGCAGAGACCAAAGAAGGGCAACACACGCCAACCAAAGAACUCUCCGAGUCUGGCCGACAUGGACGCGCUUGUACCGAAAAAUGUCGGCAAAGCACGAGGGGUUCCAAGAGCAACCAAGAAGGUCCCUAACCGCACUCCACAUGAAGCGCGCCAGAGGACAUCUAAAGAAGAUGUGGUUGUUAUCCUCCACCUCCAAGCAAAGGGCGCAGUUAAGCAUAUUGGCAAUCCUUGUCCCCUCGGUCUCAUCCCCGCCUACAACCAUGACCUCACUCUUGUGGAAGUUAAUCCUGAGGCCCGACAUAUUCUCGAAGCAGAGAAGAAUGUAUUUGAGGUUGGCGAUGGCCAGGUCAUCCGGCUGAAGCAUGAUGAUGGUGUCAUCCGCAUACUGCAAGGCAAAACCGUUGGCGAUUGCCAAGAUAAGCGGUUUAGCCAGUUGCCAGAACUCCUUGAAGAAGAACACAGGGAAGCCGUUCGGCCCCGGAGCGGUAUCCGUCUUCAUGCUAGCCAAGACCGUGUCCAUCUCCUCCCCGGAGAAGGUGAGCAUCAAGCUGUCAUUAUCGCCCUCCGACACCCGCCGAAUGGAGUGCCAGAUGGAGGGGGAAAGAGUCAGGAAGCUCGGCGCCGCCUGCGCCCCCACGUGACGGAGCUCUCAGCCUACCGCCUUGUCUUCCUCGACUCCGCUCACUACUUCCACCAGGCGCUCUACCAAGGAGGCGUCUCCGGGGCUCGCAUUCGGCCUGCGCUGCGUAUCAUGAAGCAGAAUCUUGCGUUCCUCGACAGCGUCGUCUGUGACCGGGCGCAGCCGCUGGCGGUGCGUGAGGUGAUGAAGGCCUCCGUAGAGUCCUUCCUGAUGGCGCUCCUUGCCGGCGGCGGCGGGCGGGCGUUCAGUCGAGAGGACUACGGCGCGGUGGCUGAGGACCUCGCAAGCUUGAAGCGUCUCGUCUGCAGCUGCGGGGAGGGGUUGGUGACGGAGGAGGUGGUGGAGACGGAGUUUGCCGCCGCAGAGGGGGUUGUGGAUCUCAUGGGUUUGCCCACGGAGAAACUCAUCGAUGAGUUUCGGCGUUCUUCUUCUAGUUGCACGACGAUGCCGCCCAUGACGAGACGGUGGUGCCGGUCCGACGCCAACACUUUGCUCCGCGUGCUGUGCCACCGAGACGACGAUGCAGCCAGCAGAUUUUUGAAGAAGACAUUUGAUCUGCCGAAGAGAAGGUAGGCUUUAGGUGGAGGCCGGCCAUAUAUCUUUAUCCAGGGGAAAGCAAUAUCAAAG